AAGGUCGUUAGGACAAUCGCAGGUGCCCUGAGGAACCUUCGCCUUCCCUGCUGUCAUUCCCCCGCUGGCCGCUGUCCCGCACACACACCAACACACAACACCGCCUUAAUUAACUUCACUCAGCUUCUCGCUUUUUAGCAGUAACUCUGACAAAGUAGCAAGCGGCAUCGAUGGCGGGCGCAGCAAAAUUGGCGCUGCUGGUGGUGCUGGCUGUGGCAGCUGCCCAGCAACAGUGCUCGGACAAUGACGAAAUCUCCUGCAGCUCUGGCGAAUCCAGGUGCAUUCCCUACCGCUACAUCUGUGACAGUGACCCCGAUUGUGACCCAGAGUCCGAGGACGAGGACCCAGAACUGUGUGCGGCUUGGAAGAACAACGAGUGUAACCGUGGUCAGGUACAGUGCCAGAGGGAUGGAGAUACAACUUGCAUCAAUAUUUACGAGUACUGCGACCCCAGCUCCAACUGUCAAGGCGACCUGGACCGUCGGAUCUGUAAGAUGAUUCGUGAUGGACAGGUGAAGCCACUUUCCGAGAUCCAGGUCUCACCCUAUGAAGCAUAUGAAAAUAACGAUCUGCUGAAAACUGAACAUCUCGCCAAGGAGUUUGUGCUGCUCCUGAACCGUACCAUACAACACCCACGCUGCCCCACCAUGUUCACCCUCGUGGAAGACCAGUGCCUGGCCCUCUUCUUCGUCGGAAGUGUCAGCUGGGGGGAGGCAAGAUCCUUCUGCCAGGUGCUGGGAGGCGACCUCAUCACCUUCAGGGACGUGAGCCACUACACCGCCGUCGUGACACAUCUGAGGGAAGCCCAACUGACGGUGGACUUCUGGGUGGGCGGUAACCUCGCCAACGAAACUGAGGGAUGGCGCUGGAUUGACGACUCGUCCGUGGACUUGGGCACUCCCUACUGGGCUGUCAGAUAUGAGGAUAAGUGCCAGCAUCGCAACGUAACGUUCCCCGAGCUCAAUCAGACCCGUGAGGCCAAUGACGGUGCCUGCUACCACUACCUGCAAGCCCCAGACUCACCCCCGCGCGGUCGCUGUGUGGCGCUUCCCUAUCAGCAUUACUAUUACAUGACCGACGAGAACUGUCUGAAAAAGAAGAGUCCACUCUGUGUGCUGGGCGAGGAGGAGGUGACCGCUUGAGAUGAUUUCACGCUCACACGCACACACACACACACACACACACACACACACACACACACACACACACACACACAAACUCACACACAAAUAAACACACAGAUAAAUAUGGAUAUGGAGACAGGACAAAAUGAGCUUUGUGUCAUGCCCUGUACAAUACAACAAGGUAAAUACGCACAAACUAUUUAGCCAGUGAGUUGUAAAUUUUAUAAUAAAUUGUUUGAAAAUAAAAUUUUUCAGAUGAAAUUACUGUAUUAAAGCUUUUCUGCAUUGCAAUGUAAUAUGAACUUGUCUUGCCGGUAACAAUGCUGCCAAUAAUAUCUUGAUUUACAGUAACAUAAAUUUUGUAGAUUUAA